CCUAUGCGAAACGAUUACAUGCUACUUGCCUAGUAAUAAUUAUAGUUAAGAAACAAUUAAUUUAAAAUGGAUUUUGAUACUGCUUACAUUGAACCCUUACUUGAUGGUUGGUUAGAAGAUCUUCAGACAAGAAUUAAAGAACAAGAAAAUUGUGUUAAUGUCAAAGAUGAAUAUUAUAUGCCAUUUAUAGCUAUACCAGUCCCAGUUGUCAGUGCAAUUUUAAAAAUAACAGAAUAUCUUGAGCUAGGACCAGAAACUAAAUAUGUUGCCAUUCAUUUAUAUGAUAAAUUUAUGUGUAAUUAUUUUUGGAAAUUAUACAAAACUACCAACCAGACAGAGGACCAUUGGUCAGAAGUUUGUAAAAAAAUAUCUAGCCAGGCAAAAUUGUAUCUUAUGUCGUGUUUACAAUUAGCAAGUAAACUGGAUUCACAUUCAAAUAAUUUAGGGAUAUCACAAGUGCUUAAUGUUUUGAAAUGGAUUGAUGGGAAAACCGAAUAUACGCGCAGUAUGAUCUUUUCAUCAGAGUAUGAAGUAUUCAAAAUGGUUGAAUUUAAAAUGCCCCUUUGCACUCCCUUAAAUUGUGUAGAUGUGCUUUUAGCUGCAAUUGGACUUAAGAAUACUACAAAUUUGCAAAAUCUUGUUAUCAGUUUAUUGGAUUUAGUUUACUUACAGUGGGAAAUGUUGUACUCUCAACAACAGUAUUUGGUUUAUGGGCAUGUUGCUACAACUCAUCAAGAAAAAAGGAACUGUAUGACAUUAAAAUGUAAUGUUUUAUUUCUAGCUGCUUCUGUAAUUCUUUGUGCAACAUUUUUUUCCUGCAUUGAUAAUGAAGCAGCAAAAAUUAUUGCCUCAAAAUUAUCAGAAUUUGUAAAUAUAAACCCCAAUGAUAUUUGGAAAAUGGCUAAUAUACUUUUUAUGAUGGCAGUUCAAGAAUAAAUAAUAAUUAAAC